CGCGUAUAAACAAACUAGGUUAUAGAGUAAUUGUUUCUAAUGCACUUCGUGCUUCAUGUAUUGAGACAUACUCGAAUAUACAUUUGCCUUUUGUAACUAUCUGCAAUAAUUUAGAAAUAGUCAUUUUACCUAAAAUAAUUUUUAAUUAUUAAAAAUGUUGUGUAUUAAUUUAAAUUAAAUAGGGAGAAAAGAGUAUUAUGACUGCAUCAGCAGUUCCCAAUCUUCCCAUCUAUUCUGUCAAAGAAAUUUUACUACUCUUCCUCUCUCGCCCUCCUCAGACGGGGAAAAAAGAAAAGGAUAUGGCAUCCUCAAAAAUUGCUGCCGACGGGCUUCCAACCUCGUCUCCAGCGCAAUUUCCUCCCUACCAACUCCUUCCUUCCGAACCCCAGUACGUCAUCGUUUUACCGCGUUCCCCGCGCCGUCGCCCCUUUUUCAGCCGCAACGCCCUCAUCUGCGCCUCCGUCGUCAUUCUCCUCGCCGUUGCCGUCUUCCUCCUAUGGCCCUCAGAGCCCCAAGUCUCCGUCUCCCGCCUCCACCUCCGACGCUUCAAACUUCACCUGAUUCCUCUCUCCUUCGACAUAACCCUAGACCUCACUGUGAAGGUCCGCAACAGAGACUUCUACUCCGUCGAUUAUAGGUCUUUGGCCGUAUUGAUCGGCUACAAAGGGAAGGAGCUGGGGAAAGUCUCGUCCGGCAAGGGGCACCUCAGAGCCAGAGCCUCUUCAUACGUCAAUGCCACGCUCGAGCUUGAAGGCGUUGAGGUCUUCAGCGAUGUGGUUUCCCUAAUCGAGGAUGUUGCCAAGGGCUUUAUUUCUUUCGAUACUGUUACUGAGAUAGAUGGCCUACUUGGGUUGCUCUGGUUUGAUAUUCCUCUGCAGGCAAAUGUAUCAUGUGAAAUUGUUGUAGAUACAAAUAACCAAACAAUGACCAGUCAAAAUUGUUACCCCGAGUAGUACUUUUGGAUGUAGAGACAGCACAAAUGCCACAACUGGUUUGGGCAUACUUACACACACUAUGUUGUACAAACACCACUUUCUUCCUUGGAUACACUCUCCUUUUUGCGGGCAUACACCACGGCACUAGUUUGGGGCGACCGCCUUCAACAAUAAUCCGAUGACCGAGGGAUAACCUGUGUGUAGGGCCCAGUUUUUCCUCUCCUUUUUGUGGACUCUUCCUUUUCUUGCUAUUCAAAAUGUGCUAUUUAAUGUAACUUGAUUAUUUAUUUUAGCACACUUUGCUUUGAGAGGCGAGGUUCAGUGCACUUUCAUUAUGAUGUAGACAAAAAACAAAGGUUUUGGUACCUAUGUUUAUGUUUAAAAAUCAUUAUGCUGUAGACAAAAAACUAAGAUUUAAAAAUCAAACAGAUAGAACUCU